AUGUCAUCCGCAUACAUCAAGCAGAUCCAACAAUUCCUCUCCCAAAACCGGGGGCAAAUCCACGAUGCCGUCCUCGCUGUCACGAUAGUCGCUUCAUUGACAUGGGUGUUGUACAUAGCACUACAGGCCCUAAAAUCUCGAUAUCAACAGAGCACCACAAAGCCAAGAGCGUCGACGCCCGAUGUUGAGAAGAAUAAAAGGAAAUAUGGUGAAUGGACACCGUCGUCGUUCAAAAGACCAGAGCCAAAGCCGUAUGAGAAUUGGGACGUCAAGACGACCAAGCCGUUGUUGUAUCGGCCUUUUCGAUAUGGACCGAAGUACUUUGUGACCAUGGGACUGAGGAAUAUGAAAUGGGACGAAUGGAUUGAAUUGGACAACCACUACCCUCGCUACCACGCCGACAAAGCCCGCCGCAUCAAAGAACGGGCCUCGAAAUGCUGCCGUACAGCCCCCGAAGCCAUGGACGGCGCAAUCGAGUUGCUCGAAGAACUAGCAUCAUACCUCCCCGCGCGCUACCCAACACUCUACCGUGCCACUCCCGUCGGACUCGACAACCUCCUAACCGGUGAAUCAUUCAACAUCGUCCAACGACCCCUCGCCGAAGAUCCCAUGAUCACAUCCGCGCGUCUCGUGCAGGAUGACCUGGCACUUAUGGUCGAAAAGCCCGAUGGACAAUACUAUCUCCUCGCCGGCGCAAUUUUGCUUCCAGGGUUCUGGCGCUUAGAAGACAAAUUCGGCAUGGCACUCAGCGAAAUCCAUACUUCGGGUGACGUGCCCCAAUACAAGGAAAAGCUGGAAAAGGGGAUGAUGAAUUUCUUCCGCCGAUUAAAGCCGGAAGGCCCAGUGUUACGAAACAAUUAUUUCUUGCAGGUUGAUGAUCAACUUGCUUGGUCCCCAUCCAUCGGGUCAGAGGAUGAGCCGGGUAUUUCGUGGAAUACCGCUCAAAAGAACAGGGCCAUUGAGCAUCACUAUUUCAGAUCCGAGCGACAGUCGUUGCGGCGGUUGCCGAGGUCGGGAGUUGUGGUGUUUACGAUCAGGACGUAUUUUGAGCCCAUCACUGAAAUUGCGAAGGAGCCGUAUGUGCCGGGCAGAUUGGCGUCUGCCAUCCGAUCGUGGGAGGAUGACGUGUCGAUAUACAAGGGCAAGGAGAAGUAUGGAGAAGUGCUGUUGGAGUAUCUUGACAAGCAACAUGAGGAGCAAAUAGCAAAUGGCUUGGAUUUGGAGAAGGAGGAUGGAGUUCGUGCUUAUCCGUAUUGA